CCCAGUAUCCGCCCACUGUCAACACACACACACACAUACACACACAUCCGCCGGAGUCGCCGGACGCACCAGAGGAGAUCACCUGCAUCCACAGAGGCGCGUCCCGGCAGCCGUCCGCCCAUGUGUUGCGCGCAACAAAGAACCAAGCUUCCCACCUGAAGAUACAGCUCCUCAGCCUCCUGCACAUCUCACUGGGAGCUGUGUUUUGCGGUGGUCAUGCAGGACAGACGCACAUUCACCAGCGCCUUCUCCACACCGCGGUGUCUGGCCGCUGCUGCGCCGGCGGCGGGGAAGUCGAAAUUAACGCACCCGGGGAAAGCGAUCCUGGCUGGUGGACUUGCAGGUGGUAUAGAAAUCUGCAUCACCUUCCCAACUGAGUACGUCAAGACCCAGUUACAACUGGAUGAGAAGGCCAAUCCACCGAAAUAUAGAGGAGUAGGUGACUGUGUGAAGCAGACGGUUCAGAGUCAUGGUGUCAAAGGACUUUACAGAGGACUCAGCUCACUGGUCUAUGGCUCCAUACCCAAAUCUGCUGUCAGGUUCGGGGUGUUCGAGUUCCUCAGUAACCAUGCGAAGGAUGAGUCCGGUCGCCUGGACAGCACCAAAGGCCUGCUGUGUGGGCUCGGAGCCGGGGUGCUGGAGGCCAUCCUGGUCGUCUGUCCCAUGGAAACUGUCAAGGUUAAAUUCAUUCACGACCAGACUUCAGCCAACCCAAAAUACAGGGGAUUCUUCCACGGAGUCCGAGAGAUCAUCAGAGUGCAGGGAAUAAGAGGAACGUAUCAGGGUCUCACUGCCACGGUCCUCAAGCAAGGCUCCAACCAGGCCAUUCGCUUCUAUGUGAUGACCUCCCUCAAAAACUGGUACAAAGGUGAUAACCCCAACAAAACCAUCAACCCCCUGUUGACUGGAGCCUUUGGAGCCACAGCAGGAGCAGCCAGUGUGUUUGGGAACACGCCGCUAGAUGUCAUCAAGACUCGGAUGCAGGGUCUUGAAGCACAUAAAUAUAAAAGCACGUGGGACUGUGCCGUGAAGAUCCUGAGACACGAGGGCUUGGCAGCUUUUUAUAAAGGGACGGUUCCUCGUCUGGGCCGCGUGUGUCUGGACGUGGCCAUCGUAUUCAUCAUCUAUGAGGAGGUGGUGAAGGCCCUGAACACGGUCUGGAAGACGGACUGAGCUGCCGGACAUGCAGAAAGGCCUUCCGGGCACGAGACACAGAUCCAAGUUCAGCAGACGUCUCCUGUAUCAUACCACCAGCUGCUGAGGGGCUGAGACGGGGGGUGAACUUGGAUCAGUGUCUCGUGCUGACCGGGAGGCUGAGGAGUCACAGGAGGCUGCAGACAAGAAAGAAGAUGAGACAGAGGCUCAAUGUCGCUCACAUCUGGACAGCUGCAGAUCAAACCAAGGGUCAACUUUACAAAGUGGGAUAAUGAAUUCAGUCAAAUAACUUUGAAAAAGGUGCUUCACAUCAUUCCUUCACGGCUACUUUUAAUUAAGAAAUUUAAAAUUGGUUUCCUGAUGUUUACUGGGAGGACACAGGUGUCCUUCUGGAUUGUCUUGAGUUAUUGUUGCUCUCUGUUUUAAACCCAGUGGAGCCCGACUGCAGCUCAUGUAAACUCUGGUAACUUCCAUAACUAAGCCUUUAACAGAACGAUUUUACAUUUAUAAUAUUCCAAUUAUUUUUAUAAAGCCUGGAUUCUUAUUUAGUUAAAUACCAGCGUUAUAGUUUUCUUAUAAUAUAUAUUAUAUAUUUAAUUAAUGUGCCAAAUGCCAAACCUGGUAUACUGUGAAGGUGUGUUCAGAGUGAGAACACAUCUCGAAGUCUAAUGAUCUUAACCAGAAAAGAGAAAAUAUUAUAAUGAUUCAUAUUGUCAAAUUCUUUAUAAAUGUAUUUAUGGAAAGUUAAAGGAUGCAGAUUGUUCAGAGACUUUUUGAAAGAUUUACUCUUUAUCAGCUCUGGGUGUUGAGGUGUUUUUCAGUAAUUAGGGAAAUAUUUUGCUGAUGUAUUUAACUGAGUGUAAAUGACCCAGCAACACUGAGUCAUACACUCAGUAACUUCAGACGUUAACUCCAGCUCAGUGGAAUCAUCCGUUUAUAUACGAACACCAGUUUCCCAAAGCUGGAUUUUAUUAAUAUUCUGAAUACAUUAGAAGCAGUUUUCCCUAUUCCAGUGAUUCCCACCCUAGGGAUUGGGACUCCUCCAAGAUAAUUAAUUGCAAAGGAAAAAAGAAAAAUAUGUUUCUGCUAAUAUUACAUUCAUUAUUUUCAGUCAUGCAAGUCAGCAAUGCUGGUUUCAACUUUAAAGGGAUCUCCCACCAAAAAGGUUGAUAAUCACAUUCUGUUCAAAUCCAUUGCCAGUUCAUCUGUUUUUUUUUUCAUGUCUCACUUUUGUGCCUUUUGCGCGUCUGUUUGUUGGCAAAUGUUACUUCAGAGAUCUCCUUGUGUAAGAGUGACCUGUUACACUAUAGACAUUUUACAUUUCUGUAGCUCAAUUGAGUUUACAUACAUCUGUUAUUUAUUGUUUUUACAAUAAGGCAUUUUAUCCCACUUUGUUCCGUCACUAGUGAUGUGAAUACAGUUCAAAUAUAUGUGUCUUACAAUAAUGAUUGUAUUAAAACACUGAUGGAUUAUAUUCCCAUGUUGCUGAAAUAAUCACAUUUACUGUAUUUCUUUGUUUGGCUAAAUAAAAAGUCCUUGUGUUCCAAACAGACGAAAAAUCUGUUAUAGUUGUUGAAGAUAAAUAUAUUUCAUGUAUGUGUGUAUAUGUGUGUUUGGUUCUUUAGGAGGAAUCUCGUGCAAUAAACACCGUCUUUAGUCUGUGCUUAAUGUAAAGUCCUUUGAUGUGGGUCUGGAUUUCAAACCUCAUUAAAAAGGUAUAUGGAAGAUAAGAAAGUAUGAAGCCCGG